GGUUAAACACUACUCUCAUUGUUAUAAGAAGCUCGGGGGAGAAAAUAACGUUUAUUUCAUAUCUGAAACUCCGUUAUAGCUCCAUACGCUGUUAUCUGCAUUCAGGUGCGUCAUGGGACCUUUGAUCCAGCAAAUUUGUUUGGUAACAUUUCUUAUCUUUUUUCCCUGUUCAUCUGCUCAAGUUGCAGAUGGAACAGAGACUGAGAGGCAAUCAACUUCCGGGUCAACCUGUGUACUGUAUGGUCUGAAUUCCACUGUGUGGUUUGCUGGAUGUGUUACAUUUGGGUCUAUUACUUUCCUGGGACUGGGUUUCGUGGUAUGGCAUAAGUUCUGUAGAGAUGCAAGUCAAAAGCAGCUGGGAAGAUUUAAUGUCGUUGGAGGAGAGGGACAAUGACCCAAAACACACCUCCAGGCUGUGUAAGGACUAUUUGACCAAGGGGAGUGAUGGAGUGCUGCAUCAGAUGACCUGGCCUCCACAAUCACCUGACCUCAACCCAAUUGAGAUGGUUAGGGAUUAGUUGGACGCAGAGUGAAGAAAAAGUAGCCAACAAGUGCUCAGAAUAUGUAGGAACUCGUUCAAGAAUGGUGGAAAAUAAUUCCAGUUUGGUCACAUGGAUAUACUGCCAUUACAGACACAAAUAUCUCUCCCCAUCCCAAGACGCCUAAGGCAGUUUCAAUGAACGAUACGAAUAUGAAUUUGGACCUCCCACAUAAUGAGGCACGCUCAUUUGAAGUGGAUGUUGUUCUAGAUGGAAAAACAGCUCACUCGCAGCUGAAGAUAUCACACAAUGGGAAAGUUGUGGAGUGGGUGAACCAAAAACAAGAAUCACUGACAGAGAUUGACAAGAAUGACAUUGACAAGCAUUUUGAUGAAGCCCCAUAUGUGUUGGGCAGUAUGGGCCGUGCUAUGCGGGCCUACUGGGAGGUGUCUGUAAAGGAGAAAAAGGACUGGGUACUUGGUGUUACCAGUGCAACAGCUAACAGGAAAGGACAGUUGGUUCUCAGCCCAGCCAAUGGCUUCUGGGUAAUCGGGAUCUCCGAUGGCAAAGACUUUACAGCAUUCAUGGAUGAUGAUGAUGUCCUUAAAGAAAUAAUUCUACACCGAGUGGGUAUCUAUCUAGAUUAUAAUGAAAAGAAGGUGACUUUCUACAAUGCAGAAGACAGCUCACUCAUCUACUCAUUCACCAAGGGACCAAGUUAUGAGGAUGAUGUCCACCCACUUUUCUCACCCUGGAACAAUGAUACAGAUUCAAUCAGAAUUUUGUCCAUUGAAAGUAAAAAAUCUAAAUAAUCUAAAGCAUAAACUGUCACCUCUACAUCUAUCAAUAGGCUACUUUAUUGUGUUGGAGAGCUAAACAUGAGUGGUCUUAACUACACUAAUGAUGGUCAAUCACUAAUUAUUGUCAAUUCAGUAAUAUUUACACAUUUGCUUGGAGUUGUUUAGAUUGUAUGAUACAUUUAGCUUAAUAUAGAAAUGUUUUGCUUUCUCACAUUGACUAUAUAUUCUUUGUCUAUGACUUGAAUAAUAAUAGACAGCUAUUUCAGUAGUUUUUCUCAAACCACAAGGAUAUUAUAAGAUAAAUCAUGCAUAAUGCACAGGUAAUGUUAUGCCUUCCUUCAUACACAUAGACUGUACACUAUUGAUUUGUGAAGAAUAAAAUAUUGCUUUUCAGACUUG